AUGGAGGGCGAUUGGUGGGAAGACGACAAGCAGAAAGACACUGCAGAGACGCUGCAAAGGAUUGUCAGUACUCUAGUGAACAAAAAUGAUGAAAUUCGCAACUUCAUUGACAUGCUGAACCAUACACUAUCAAAUGUUCAGGUAAACUCCUUUCAUGCCAUCAGUGAGCUGAAUGAGGAGUUUGAUGGUCUGUAUUCUGUCCUACAUGAGAUGAAGGAGAGCAUGGCCAACACUAUUCAGCAAGAAGAAGCUCGUAAAAUUCAAGCUCUGCAGGAUCAGCUGAGCCAGUGCAGCUGUGCCCUGGAGAACUCAGAAGAGCUGCUGGAACUUGCUGUGCAGUCACUGGACAUAAAGAACCCUGUGGAGCUCUUAGAUGUCACGGUGGCUUCAGCAUUCCGCCUCUCUUUGAAACCAAAAGUCAGUGACAGUAUGACUCAUAUGAUGGUGGACUUCACCCUGGAAAAGCAGAUGCUCCAAGCUGUGAAGUUUUUGCCAGACCCUAAAGCUCCAGAGAUAGAUGUAGUAGCAUGUCUGGUUGCUGACAACUGCAUAACAAUGUCAUCGAGAAUGCCUGAGGAGGACAGCAGAAUUGAUCAUUUUGUGCUGGAGUAUAGGAAAACCAACUUUGAUGGGCCCCCAUGACUAAAAGGGGAGCAGCGCUGGGAGCUGGUUGACUACAUUAAAGCUACUCAAUACACAUUAUCAGGUUUGAAAUUUGAUACAAAAUACAUGAACCUUAGAGUGCAAGCUUGCAACAAAGCAGUGGCAGGUGAAUACUCGGACCCUGUGACUCUGGAAACCAAAGCAUUUGUGUUCAGUUUGGACAGUACUUCAUCUCAUCUGAACUUGAAAGUUGAAGACACCUAUGUUGAAUGGGAUUCUACUGGAGGCAAAAGCCAAGAAAAAAUAAAAGGGAAAGAAAAUAAAAACAGAAGCAACACAGCGUCUCCGAAGAGAUCCACUAACAGCCCAAGAGCCUCGGCGAGGGGCAGCCGGGAUCGCUUUGCUGGUGAAUCCUACACAGUGCUGGGAGACACUGCUAUUGAAAGUGGGCAGCAUUACUGGGAAGUGAGAGCCCAGAAGGACUGCACACAAUUGACCUCUCUUCGUCUCUUUAUCUCGACUCCUUGCGGCGACCGAGGUGCACCGCUGCUCGGACCAUGCUAA